AUGGCCCCCCGCUGGCUGCUGGCCCUGCUCGCCGCUGCCGCCUCUGCCGCCGCCGGUGCCGCCGCCGCGGGCUCCUCCUGGAGCGCCGUGCCGCGCAAGACCGUGCCCUACGCCGAGCUGCAGGCCGUGGCCAAGCGGUUCUGGCAGGGGGGGGUCUCGCACUACCUGACGCUGACGCUGGACGAGGCGGAGGCUCUGCUCUACGUGGGCGCCAGGGAGGCUCUCUUCGCCCUGGCCACCGGCAGCGUCGAGAUGAAGGCAGCGAUCUCCUGGGCAGCUCCAGUGGAGAAGAAAGCUGAAUGCAUCCAGAAGGGCAAAAACAACCAGACGGACUGCUUCAACUACGUGCGGUUCCUGCAGAGCUACAACAGCUCUCACCUCUACGCCUGUGGCACCUAUGCCUUCCAGCCCAAGUGCACCUACAUCGAGCUCUCAGGCUUCACCCUGGACCAGGUGGCCUUCGAGGACGGCAAAGGGAAGUGUCCCUACGACCCCACCAAGGGGCACACGGCCCUCAUCGUGGAUGGAGAGCUCUACUCUGCCACCUUCAACAACUUCCUGGGCACGGAGCCGGUGAUCCUGCGCAACCUGGGCCCACACUACUCCAUGAAGACAGAGUACCUGGCCUCCUGGCUCAACGAGCCUCACUUCGUGGGCUCGGCCUUCGUGCCCGAGAGCCUGGGCAGCAGCACCGGCGACGACGACAAAGUUUACUUCUUCUUCAGCGAGAGGGCCGUGGAGUACGACUGCUACAGCGAGCAGCUGGUGGCACGGGUGGCACGGGUCUGCAAGGGGGACGUGGGCGGCGCCCGCACGCUGCAGCGCAAGUGGACGACGUUCCUGAAGGCCAGGCUGGUGUGCGCCGCCCCCGAGCUGCGCCUGCACUUCAACCGCCUGGCCGCCGUCUGCACCCUGCCCGCCCCCCGCUGGCAGGACACCGCCUUCCUGGGGGUCUUCCAGGCACGGUGGGGGGACGUGGACGUCUCUGCCAUCUGCCGCUACCACAUCCUGGAGGUGAGGAAGGCCUUCGAGGGGCCCUACAAGGAGUACCGCGAGCAGGCCCAGAAGUGGGGGCGCUACUCCGACGAGGUGCCCAGCCCCCGCCCCGGCGCCUGCAUCACCGACUGGCACCGGCGCAACGGCUUCGCCAGCUCGCUGGAGCUGCCCGACAACACCCUCAACUUCGCCAAGAAGCACCCCCUGAUGGAUGAGCCCAUCCUGCCCCACCAGGGCCGGCCCCUGCUCCUCAAGAAGGAUGCCAACUUCACCCAGCUGGUGGUGGACAGAGUGCCCGGCCUGGACGGCACCGUCUACGAGGUGCUCUUCAUCGGCACAGGUGAUGGCUGGGUGCACAAGGCCCUGAACCUGGGCACCGAGGUGCACCUGGUGGAGGAGCUGCAGGUCUUUGAGCCAGCACAGCCUGUGGAGAGCCUGGUCCUGGCCAGCCGCAAGAAGCUGCUCUUCGCCGGCUCCCGUUUCCAGGUGGCACAGCUGCCCCUGGCGGACUGCGGUCGCUACCAGUCCUGCACCGACUGCGUCCUGGCACGGGACCCCUACUGCGCCUGGAGCCACAAUGCCAGCCUCUGCGUGCCCACCCACGGCCUCAACGGGUCCCAGCUGGUGCAGGAUGUGCUGAGCUCCGACACCAGAGCCUGCACCCAGCCCCAGGUGGCCAAGCAAGGCCCCAGCAUCACCCCCAAGAACGUGACGGUGGUGGCCGGCACCGACCUGGUGCUGACCUGCCGCCUGGGCUCCAACCUGGCGCAGGCCCUGUGGACCUUCGAGGGGCAGGCGCUGGCGGCCGAGCCGGCGCUGGUGCCGCGCGAUGCCCGGCUGCGCGCCCUGGUGGUGCCGGGCGCCGGCGCCCAGCACAGCGGCACCUACCGCUGCUUCUCCGAGGAGCAGGGCGCCCGCCUGGGCGCGGAGGUCUACAGGGUGGAGGUGCUGGCGGGCGCCGGCGUGCCCCUGGAGACGCGGGCGCCGCUGGAGAGCCUGGGGCUGGUGUGGGUGGUGGCCGUCUGCCUGGGCGCCCUCUGCCUGGUGCUGGCGCUGGUGGUCUUCUCCCUCUGGCGGCGGCUGCGGGAGGAGCUGGGCAAAGGCGCCAAGGCCAUCGAGAGCACGCUGGUGUACCCCAUCGAGCUGCCCAAGGAGCCGCCCAGCCCCCGCUUCGUGCCCAGCGCCGGCUCCGACUCGGACGAGAAGCUCUGGGACCCCGCCAGCUACUACUGCUCCGAGGGCUCGCUGAAGAUCGUGCCGGGCCACGCCGCCUGCCGCAACGGCGGCCCCCCCGGCGCCGCCUCGCCGCCCAGCGCCAUCCCCGGGCAGCCGCUGCACUCUCCCACCCGCAUCCACCUGGGCCCCCUGCGCGGCUCCUCCUCCAACGGCUACAUCCGCCUGGCGCUGGGCACCGACGAGCGCCAGCCCUGCGCCGACCUGGCCGAGGAGCUGCGCCGCAAGCUGCAGCAGCGCCAGCCCCUGCCCGACUCCAACCCCGAGGAGUCCUCGGUCUGAGCCCCCACCCCCCGGCACCGCUGCCGUCGCCCGACCUACCUCAGGGGCACCCCGGCGGUGCCGGCGCCCGCGGCGAGGUCGUCGUCGUCGCCGCCUCGGCACCACGCGCUGGGCACCCCGGCUUGGGGGGAGCGUGGCGCUGGCACCCCGGCUUGGGGGCGGGGGUGGCGCUUUGGGGCUGGCACCUGUCUUGGGGACGGGGUUGCCGUGCUGGCCGGUGCCAGCGUCUUGGGGCUGGGGCACCGGCGCCCGCCUGUUGGACAGGAAUUGACACCCCCAGUGCCAGGAGCCCUGCUGGGGACUGUGGCACCGGCACCAGUACCCAUCGUGGGGUCAGGAUUGCCACCCCACCACUGGUAGCCAUUCUGAGGACUGUGGCACUGGCACCAGUACCCAUCUUGGGCACAGGACUGCUACUCUGGCACUGGUAUCUGUCUUGGGCACUGCCACAGUGGCACCCACCAUGGGGUCAGGAUUGCCACCCCUGCUGCUGGUAGCCAUUCUGAGGACUGUGACACUGGCACCAGCACCCAGCUUGGGCACAGGACUGCCACUCUGGCACUGGUAUCUGCCUU